UUCAAUCAAACAAAAACCCUAGAACUCCAUACCCACCAUUCUCUUACUCCAGAGUUUCCCCUUUCUCCUCCUCCCUUUUCCUUCUCUCUCUAAGAUCCUACGCUCCUCUCUCUCUCUCUCUCUCUCUCUCUCUCUCUCUCUCUGUGGAUGAGGACCCUUUAAGAUCCAGGAAUCUUGAUCAUCAUUGGGUUGAAGAAAAAAAAAACCUUCAAUCCAAGAGCAAGAUCAGUGUAACUGCAAUGGGUUGUUUUCUCGCGUGCUUCGGUUCUUCGAAAGAACGUCGGAAACCCAGAAGUCAGAUCAAGAACAAGGUCCUCCCUCGGCACCAACAAAGACAUGAAAUCCAGAGGCCUCUGCAGUCCACUCUCUAUAUAGAACAGGAAAUCUCUGCAAAACCCGCCAACCUGAUUUCAGAAGUGCCAUAUAAGCUUGAGGAGCAACUGAGCUUGAGUACUAGAAAGAAAGUUACUUUUGAUACAAAUGUGAAGGCAUAUGAGCCUGUUUCAGUCCAUGAAAGCACUGAAUCCUUACCGGAUAAUGAUAAGGACGUUGAAAAGCAAAAGGGGGAUAGUUCAGGAAAAUCAGGCUUAUCCUACUCACAAUCUGAAGAUGAUUCCACCAAUUCAAGCGUUCAGUCUUACCCUCCGAAUCACAGGUAUCAGAAUUGCAGAGACAGCGAUGAUGAAGCCGAUGAGUUCGAGUGUGAGGAAAGUGAUUGGGAUGAUGAAGAUGAGGAACUAGAAGAUUAUGGUGACUAUGAUGGUGAUUAUGAUGAGGAUGAGGACAGCCAAAUUUGUGUUCCAACUAAGUCAGUGGAGUCGAGACCAGAAAUGUUGUCAGCUCAGGCGUUUAUGGAGGAAGAAGAAGUGAAAAAAACUGGAUCUAACAGAAAUGCGCGAGACAGAAGUGUAUAUGUUCACCCAGUGUUGAACCCGGUAGAGAACCUUGCUCAAUGGAAAGCUGUGAAAUCGAAAGGGCCACCGCAACCUUUGAAUCCCCAGAAGGAGAAUCUGAAAUUGGAGCAAGAAGCACCUCGUAUUUCAUUUAGCUCUGAGCCGAUUUUAAAGCACCCAUCAUUCAGCUUCAAGUCCAAAUCCGACCAACCCAAGAGAGAAAACCAAGAAAUAGCAGUUGAUGCUAGCCUUUCGAAUUGGUUAGUCACCUCGGAAACCACUCCAACCAAGAAAACUAGGCCCAGUGGGCUUGAACCUAUUUCUCAAGAACAAAGCAUUUCUCAGGGAUCAAAUUCGGUGGUGAGCCUUGACGAUAGACCGAUUUUAGGUGCGUUGACCAUGGAAGAGAUCAAACAGUUUUCAGCAUCAAAUUCACCAAGAAGGUCGCCAAGUCGAAGCCCAGAUGAGAUGGCUAUAAUUGGUACCGUUGGGACAUAUUGGAAACAGAAAGACGGAGGCAAUGAUUCUGGCUCAUUCUCUUCCUAUAAAGGCAUACCAAACACAACUAGCAAGUACAGAGAGGAUAAGAAAGUGAAUUGGCACUCGACCCCAUUUGAGACAAGGUUGGAGAGAGCUUUGAAUAGACGACGACCUGCCGAUGCUUAAUUUUGCACAUCUUCCCUGUGUUGCUUGUGACAUGGUUUCGGGAGUGUUUUGUUUUCCUUGAUUUUUUGUUUUGUGUAUGGUUGUCUGUUUCUGCAAAACUGUUUGUUUGUUUGUUGUAAUAAUUCAUUGUGUUGAUUUGAUGGUCAAUAUAUCUAAUUUAUUUACCUU